AUGUCGACUGCUGCCUCUGGUUCGCCUGCAACCGGCCAACCUGGCGUCAUGAUGCCUUCAGAACUGUACCACCCAGACCCGAACGCAACUCAACAAGAGCCUGUUGCCACACCCGCUCAACAGGGUGCACCUGAACCAGGAUCUGGAACGACGGUACACGAGGGUGAUAAGGUCCCGUUUAAGGACCAGAUGGUUGGCUAUGCAAAGAGCAUCCGAGGUUCUGUUCUAAAAAAGCCUGAAACGAAAGAGACGGGCGAACGUAUCCUCAAGGGCGAAAUGUCUGCGAAGGAGUACUUCGAACAGAAACACGACGAGAAGGCCUAA